AGGAAGAGGACUGAGAAGGAGGCUUGGAGCGCAGAGCUGCGGGGAGGUCAACACUCGGGCAAGUGUGCGGAUUUCUGGCUCUUCCCCGACCUGUGAGACAGGCUAUGAAAUGACCGGAAUCAGACUGUCCAUCAGAGCUUUCAAAAACUUGCAACUUUAUUCAAGUUUUUGUCAGAGACCCAGUUCACUCACAUACAGCUCCACACAAUGCUUGACAUGUUGGACACAUUGUAGACCCUUAUCAAACUGUUUGGCCAACAGACAACCAAGCAAUGGCUUACUUCACACAAACUCCAAUGGAUUUUUGACUACUUCACCUGUAAAGCCAUUCCUAUAUGCUGUGAGACAUAAAGGUAAGAAAAGUAAAAAACAGAACAAGUCACAGUCAUCUCAAGAAGAUGAUGACGAAGAUGAAGAAGAGGCUGACCAAGAAGACAUUAGUGAUUAUGACGAUGAGCCAGCCGAAGACCCCAGCAUACCAAAGGACUAUAAAGACCUAGAAAAAGCUGUGCAGUCUUUUCGUUUUGAUGUUAUACUCACUGCUGGAUUAGACAUGUCACGGAACAAAAUUGAAGAAGCAUUUUAUGAUGGCAAGUUACGCCUUAAUGGAGAAAAGCUAUGGAAGAAAAGCCGAGCGGUGAAAGUUGGAGACACUUUGGACUUAAUUGUUGAAGAAAACCGGGAGGCAGGGACUAUAACUGUGAUGAGAACGAUCUUAAACGAUGUGCUAAAGGAUAAAACUUCAACAGAAAAAUUUAAAGUUCUGCUGCGGCGAUGGAAAAGGCUAACUGUCCCAAAGACCUCAGAUGCUCCAAAACCAACUGGUAUGCACACAACUGAUUUAGACAACUGACACUGCCAUUGAAAAGAACAAUUCUACAGAGAGACAUUAAAAUGGUAUUUUUACUAUACCCAUGCAUGAUGUUUGGGAGACAAGAGUCAUAUCCCACUGCAAGAAUUUGAGUGUUUCUUGGAUUUUGAAGUGUCCUUCUGGCUUUUGCAUACUGCACAGAUAAUGUUAUUGUUUUCAUAAAAAUACUUUACCAAGAA